CAUGACGUCACAGAUCCAACAUGGCGGCAUCGUACGAAGCUUGGGAGGCUGUGACAGAUGAAGAGCAACUAGAGGUUCCCAAUGGCUCGCACUCCGCCCCUUCCAGCCAGAAAAUGAAGACAGAAGGCAAUAACUACCCCUGGAGGCACGACCACGAACGUAUGAUGGCAGAAUUUUGGCUCAAUAACCCGAGUUUCUACGACAAAUCGCAGGAGCAUUACAAGAACAAAGACAGGAAGAUACAACUUAUACAGGAGUUGAUUCAACAAAAUCGUGAGGAGUGGGAAAAAAUCAGAACCCCCCUACCAACUGUUAACCAAGUGACUCGACAUUUGCGAAACAUUCGAACCAGAUUUGGCAAGUUGUUGAAGCGCAAAUCUGUCGACCCUACCUUCAAAUUUUCCCACAGGGAUCAGUUCAUCUUAGACCACUACCAGUUCCUUCGCCCACACCUUCAACGUAGCAGGACGCCAGCAAUGCACGCUACGAGAGCACACCAUGUCGGACAGGGGAGUAACACCUUGGCACAGGCUGCCCAAGCUGACUUUGCAGACAUGGAAGACGAAGAUGCCUCACUUGAGGAGACCCCUUCAACUUCUGGAUCCAGCACUUGGACCACUACCCCCAAGAAGCGCAGGCGAGAUAACCCCACCCUGCUUCCAUCUGAUCCACUUCUGAAACAGUUUGAACCUUCUCCCCUCAGCAGAAGAGCUACCUUUGCCAACUUCGUGAGGGAUUCACUUCUCACUAUGUCCAAGCCCAAGUACAAAUUGGCCAAGGCUGCAAUUUGGGACAUACUGCACAAGUUGGACAUGGAUGACGAUUCGGCCUGUUCAGAUGAUUUUGACGACCCCGCCGGCCCUUCUCCGCUGUUCAUCACCCCCAGCGCCAGCGGACCUGUCACGCACGGCUCCGUGCCCCCCACGUGUUGGGAGAUCAGCUCAUUACCACAUAUGAACAACCACUUAUAAAAACCGGUGCAAUGGCCUAGUGGGUAGAGUGUUCACCUUGCAUUCGGUAGGUCGUGAGUUUGAUCCCUGGCCGAGUCAUACCAAAGACUUUAAAAUG